AUGCCAAAACAACAUCCUAAUCUCACCAUCACUACAGUCACAACUGCUGCUACAACUACCGUAAUACCUCUUCCUACCACGCCAGAUAUGCCCAACACAAUUGCCACUUCUACCUCAUCGCAAUCUGGAGAUGUAAAUAAAGACGAAGAUGAUAACGAUGAAGAGGAAGGUAAUGAUAAUAAGGAAGAAGGUGAAGACGUGAAGGAAGAGUUAAUUCGUAUCUUAAAAGAAGAAGACGAUGAUUUUUGGUGUUUUAAGAUGUAA